CCCAAGAGUGAUUGAGGUUUCAGUUGCAACAUUAAGCACUUUCAUUCGUGGUCACAAUGCUGUUUUAUAUGAUCCUGGCUUUGGGAGUGGUCACAGGAGUCCAUCCUGAUGUCCCAUCAUCACAGCCUGGACAGGACACGGGGCCAGCUCUGGUAUAUGAAGCACUUCUAAAUGUCGAAGACGUUGGUGGGAAUUCUAAGAUCUCAGGCAUUCAGAAGAGGAGGAAGAGAGACUGGAUUAUUCCUCCCAUCAGCUUGCCAGAGAACCUUAGAGGUCCUUUACCCCAAAAGAUUGCUCAGGUUAAAACCUCCUACGGUAAGAAGGUGAGGAUAGUUUACAGCAUCACGGGACCUGGUGCUGACCAGCCUCCUAGAGACAUCUUCACCAUUGAUAGAGAGACUGGACAGCUGUAUGUAACACAGACACUGGACAGAGAGACACGGGCCAGUUACUUGCUAGUUGUUCAUGCCGUCAAUGAACAUGGAAAUACAGCAGAGGAGCCCAUGGAAAUCAAAAUAAUUGUUAUUGAUCAAAAUGAUAACAGGCCAGUUUUCACACAAGAUUCAUAUCUGGGAAGAGUGAGUGACGCUUCAAAAGUAGGAUUUGAGUUCAUGAGCGUUGCGGCCACUGAUGCAGAUGAACCAGGCAAUUCAAAUUCUGAUAUCAGAUAUCAAAUAGUCGAUCAGGAUCCACCACUGCCCAGCAAAGACAUGUUCUCCAUCAACCCUGUCACUGGAGGAAUUAGAGUUAAUGCUCCUGGACUGGACAGGGAGAAAAUUACUAAAUACACAUUGGAGAUCCAAGCUGCAGACGCUGAGGGUGAUGGUCUAAAAGCAACUUGCAGGGCCAUCAUCACUGUAACAGAAAGAAAUGACCAAGCCUUGGAUGGAGAUGGAUCCUCUAUUCCCUACACUGUGGAGCUCAUGAAUCUGGACUACUGGACAACUGAGAUGAACACCACAGGAGCUGUUUUGAAGCUAAAACCAACUCUAAGAGACUUCAACAUCGUGCUGAGAGUCUGUGACAGUGGUGGACUUUGCAAAAACAGUACGAUCUUUGCCCAAGUGAAUGAUGGUAAUUGUGUUAUCAAAGGGUCUUUCUGCAUCAACAAACCCUAAAAACAAUUGUCAAUGUCAUUAAUGUAGCUUUUGCUAAGUUCUGACAAGAGACCUGUAGCCAAGGCUACUUGCCUCUAAUUCAAACUGCUAGCACAAUGAGGUAACUAAUGGUACAUGUGGCUCAUUCCCUUGCAAGUUCCUCAGCUCUUCCCCUGUAUAUUUCAAGUCUGUGAAAAAAAAUGACAUUUCCACUGAAUUGCUUCAAUACCACUCUUACUUUAGUCAUUUUAAAAAACACCCUUUUAUCUGUUACUCUGAGAUUUGUAGGCCUAUUGGCAAUUUUUAAAUAAUUGCAUAACUGGUUUCACAUUGUGUAAGAGGCUUAUUUUUCUUAUGUUGUACGUACAUGUAUUUGUCAGUUUCCAUUAAAAACAUGCCCAAACAUCCCUA